GAGAGGCAAGAGCAAGCUCAAGAUCCUGCAAACAAUGGACACAGUCAAUGAGGAUUUUGUACAGCCAGAUGUGGACGCUGUGAUGACAAUGCUGACACCAGCCGACGUUCCAGGACAAGACAUCGAUGCCAGCGAUGAAGUAGAGAGGCUUCGAAACAGUUUACGUGAGUCUGUCCACGACGAGAGCGUCCGGCCGAAGAUGCAGUGCCUGAUGAUGGACUCCUCUUUCUCCAUGGUAACCAUGCAAGGGGAAGACAGUGGGAUAGCUUGGGAGACGACCCCCAGCCGCAGCAACACACCAAGGGCAUCUGAACCUGGAAUGGUGGAGGUCAGCUCACCGGUCGCUGUGCGACCUGCGACGCCUGGGUCCCACCCAGCUGGAAAGAUUAUAUUUUUAAUGGACGAAGAGAUGAUUUCAAGACGAAGGAAACCUAAAGAAAGGGCAAGCAGUCAGAAGAGCAAGGCAGAAAAAAAUUGGGACAUCCUGGAGGGAAGCUCCGAGAACAUCUCAGGGAGGCCAGAGUUGGUGGAAGUCUCUCAACCGAAUGUUAAAACUGAAGAAGGAUACCAAGAGGAAGCGAAUGAUUCUAUGGAAGAUAAAGAGCAGCGAUUGUUCAGCAUUGUGUCCGAGGGUUUGGAAAUCCUCAAUAUUGUUGUUCCCCCUAAAAUGGCCACUGUGGAUGAAGAGGAGAGCAAAGAAAUGACAGACAACCUGUCGUAUCUGGAGGAGAGUCUUGUUCCCAAAGCCAGCGAGGACACCCAAGACGCAGAGCUUCCGAUCUUGGCAGAAUCUGAAGCAGGAGUAGUUGACCAGCCUGCCCCCCCGACGGUUGUUGGUGUGAUGGAUCCACCAGGCGCUCCAGUGGCCAGACCUCUACCCAAGGGAGCUGCUGGGAAUGUGGACUACUUUGAGGCCUUCUCCAUGAUUGAUGCUCAGGCUCCUGGAAGUCCUGCUGUGAUCAAACAGGAGCAAGAAGAAGCAGAGAUAAAGGCUGUGACUGAGGGCCAGGACUCUGAGAAACCUGAGGAGUCUAAAGGCAACACCUUCACUGCAAAUGUGGACGGGUCAGAUACAAACGGUUUAGAAGAAAUCACCAGUGAGCUCCUGGAUGUAGUCUUCUACGCCGGUACAGAGAGCUUCCCAGAGAAAAGUCUGGACACUGGAGAUGGAGUGGCCGAAGGUGCAACAUCCAGGCUUCCCUCAAAACCAAGUGGUUCAAAUUUGUUUGGAAGCCAAGAAGAGAUCCUGACCCCCAUCUUUCUGCCUGAAGGGCCGCCGAAGAUUAUCGACCCAAUUUUGUUAGAGGAACCCAAAGCCAUGGCUUUCCUGUACACGGACCUGUACGAGAAAGCAUUGGGCACCUGGAAAAAAGAUGAGGACGCGGAAAGCAUGACCUCCGAGAAGUCCUUCCACAGCAGGCACUCAGACCGGGAGGCCAGGGGAUAUCUAGAGAAAUACGUUCUCAUUGAUGAGACUCCUGCAGUGGAGGUGGAACCAGAGGAUAAGGAAAAAGGCCCAGAGGGAGAAGCACGGGUACUGGCCCAAGAUCUGUAUGAUUUUCCAGAUUUUCAGACCACAUCUGAGAAAGGUGAGGCACAGUACGCAGAGGAAGUCACAGACUUCCUCAGGUCCAGCGCGAAUUCUUCUCCCUACGAAAUGGAGCCGUUUCUUCCAUCACUAGAAGAAUAUGACAACCAAACAUCAACAAAACCUAAAGCCAAGACAGAAAAAAGAGUCUCCAUAGCUGUAGAAACGGUUCCAGAAACCCCAGUAGAUCCACUCAGCAUCUCAAGCUUUGAGUUCCCCCCUGAUGAACUAGAGUGGGGAGGUUCAGAUGACUAUCCUCCAGACCUGGAUGAGCAACAUGUUAGUGCACGUCCAUAUCCCGAGUCACAGAAACAAUACCCAGAGACAAAUAAGCCAGUUGCUCCUCCCAGGAGAAAGGCAGCUUCAUCUCCUAAAGCAUGCUUGGAUCUUACACCUCUGACUCCAGCUGAUGGGGUCACUCAGGAGAAUGAGGAAGCUGGAGUAAAAGAGCAAAGGGAGGAGGAGAAGGAGACUGCAUCACCGGCAGAGACCACAGACGAGGGCGAUGGAGAUGGAGAAGAGACUCCACAGGCCUCCUCUGACGUGGCUCUUCUGGAGAACGUGCUGGCUGCGCUGGAACCUGAGUCUGCAGGGGACGAAACUGUAAAAGACUCCAAUAAAAUAAAUGACAGCGAUGCAAAACAAGAAGAGGAGAAAGACACAAAACCAGAAGAAGAAGAGGCAAAAAGGGAGACUGAAACAGCUUCAAAUGAAACUGAUGUGAAGGAAGCAGAUGUUAAAAUGGAGACGAAUCCAGAGACACAGGGAGGUACCGGUACUUCAACUGCCUUGUCAGACGAGCCCGCCAAGAAAGGGCAGUGUAUAAUUCUUUAGUUUAGUAAGGCUCUGAACCAUGCAUCCUAAUUUAGCCCUAAAAUGACAUACAAUUAUCCUAAAGCCAGUUGAAGUAAAUGUUUAACAGCUUAUGUAUACAGACAUGUUUAAGAGUUAUUACCCCCUUUUUAAAUCCAGUUUGUGUGACUGUUAGAACAUAAUUAAAAAAAUACAUUAAUUAAUUGG